AUGGGCGGUUCCUUCAGACCAAACUACGCCGAUGGCCCUGAACCCCCUUUCUCACCCACCAAGAAAACAACACUUGUCAUCAUCAAGACCUCACUCCUCAUCCCCGGCGACGGCGAACCUCUCAAAGAUGGCGCCCUCGUCAUCUCCUCAAAGGUGAUCGCCUGGGUCGGACCGCAGUCCUCCCUCCCCUCCGAAUACGCCGACUCGCCUCACAGAUCCUAUACGGUGCCUUACCUUAUGCCGGGCCUCUGGGACUGCCACGCUCACUUCGGCGGCGAGUCGCCCAAUGACGAUGGCGGCAACGACCCGUACCAAGUCUUCAUCACUGAGCACCCCGCCGCGUCCGGCGCACGUCUCACGCGCGGGUGCUGGCUGGCCCUGCAGCGGGGGUACACGUCCCUUCGUGACGUGGCCGGUCUGGGCUGCGAGGUCUCUCGUGCGAUCGAGGACGGCAGCAUCGUGGGACCCAACGUCUACAGCUCCGGAUCGGGUCUGAGCCAGCUGGCCGGCCAUGGCGACAUCUUCUCCUUGCCCGCAGGCGACGUCCUCCUCAACCUCGGCGUGUCACAAAUCACACCGGGUCACUUUGGCACACACGCGACCAUGAUCGUGGACGGGGUUGACGAGUGCCGCCGCGCGGUUCGGCUCCAGAUCCGGCGCGGCGCCAAGUGCAUCAAGGUCAUGGCCUCCGGCGGCGUCAUGUCCCGCGACGACAACCCGAAUUACGCCCAGUUCAGCGCGGCGGAGCUCGAGACCAUUGUGGAAGAGGCGACGAGACAGAACCGCGUCGUCGCAGCCCACGUUCACGGUAAGGCUGGGAUCCUGGCGGCCAUCAAUGCGGGCGUCACGACCCUGGAACAUGCCUCCUUUGCGGACCGCGAGUGUAUCGACCUCAUCAAGGAGAAGGGCAUAGUCUACAUCGCCACGCGUAUUGUCGUGCACUUGCUCCUCAGCACGGGGGGCAAGGGACUCCCUCCUACGGUAUGGGAAAAGGCAAAGUUGGUUGCGAAGAACCACAUGACGGCCUACAAGAUGGCCAUCGAGUCCGGCGUCCAAAUCGCUCUAGGCACAGACACAGGGCCGGGGUACAACAUGGCGACGGAGCUGGAGUGCGCCGUCGAGGCCGGCAUGAGCAACCUGGAGGCGAUCAAGGCAGCGACGGCGAACGGCCCGCUGAGCGUUGGAGGACAGGCGCCGAAGACGGGGCAGCUGAAGGUAGGGUACGAGGCGGAUGUCAUUGGGCUGCUGCAGAACCCGGUGGAAGACGUCAAGGUGUUGCAGAAGGUUGACAACGUCGGCUGGGUUUGGAAGGGCGGGAAGCUCUUCAAAGGACCGGGCGUCGGGCCGUGGGGCGAAGAGCCGGGUGUCUGGGAAGACAUUACGGGGGUUUCGCGUCUUCGUUGUACCACUGGGUACUAA